GCGAUGGAGACCCGGGCAGCCUGACAGCUGGACUGGGCACGGUCUUGGAGGGGAUGAAGACUGUGCUCACCUUCACAGUGAUGGACGCCUGAAUGACCACCACUGCUCCACCAGGUUCCGCUUCAUCUACAUAAAGGUGUCAAAUCACCUGUGGUUUUUGGAGCAGAGACUUUCCAACCAGAAGGACGUCUUCCAGUCGCUGCAUUCCUCAGUGCCUCAGGUUCAAGAGGUAAACACGUCAAAUCGUCUAUCAUUUGUGGAGCAGAGAGUUUUCAACCUGAUUGAUGUCAUCCAGUUACUGAAUGACUCACUGAAGCAUAUUCAAGACACAGACACAUCUAAUCGUCUAUUAUCUGUGGAGCAGAGAGUUUCCAGCCUGACUGACGCCACCCAAUUACUGAGCGACUCACUGCGGCAUACUGAAGUUUUUCGUCUUUUUCACACUUUAGUUUCCCGUUCUUCUACCACAGAUACAGCAAAAGAAGUUUUGUCAAUGAAGUUUGCUGUGGAGAACAACAAGGACCAGCUGGCAUCAGUAUCAGAGGCACUGAGGCAGCUCUCAGUCCUGGACGCUCUCCGCAGGACGGUCGCCGAACUCAAAUGUUCUUUAGAACGCUUGGUCAACAACGGCACGACAUCACACGGCUGUUGUCCUCUGAAUUGGGAUUCUUUCGGCACUAACUGCUACUUAUUCAGUACCAUGCCAUUAUCGUGGCACGAUGCCAGAGACUGGUGUAAUGGACACGAAUCUCACUUGGUCAUUCUUCUCACUGACGAGGAGUGGGAUUUUGUGACCCAGCGUACUGUGGGCUCCUUCCACUGGGUGGGUCUGACUGAUGAGAGGACUGGGCAGUGGGAGUGGGUCAACCAGACACCCUACAUCAUGAACCGGAGGAGGUGGAAACCUGGGCAGCCUGACGCCUGGACCCAUCAUGGUCUCGGUCCCGGGGAUGAAGACUGCGCUCAUCUUCAUUCUGAAGGACGUCUUAACGAUCUGCACUGCUCCGCAAAAUGCGCUUCAUCUGUCAGAGGCACACCAUUAAGAACUAAACUCAGAUGUGAGCUAUGUGCUGACACCAUUGAAUAGUGUGAUUACAAGCACCCAGAACGAUCUGUUUCUGCUGUGCUGAGGGAAAGUUCAUUAGUGCUUUGCAGUUUGUAAGUUGUAUCAAAAUCUUGAUGUACCUAAUUUUCCAGAACUCCACUGGUGUUCAAAAAUCUAAUAAAACACAUCAUCAAUUUCCCUGAAA